GGCGUCUGUCGACGGCAGCAGCGGCGGCGGCGCCCGCGCGCGCCUCGCGUCUGUCGCUUGGGCGCUUGUUCCAGCAGCAGCCCAUCGAGGAGCUGCCGGAGCUCAGGAGCAUCCUGGCCGUGCAGAACCUCGUGGCCAAGAUCCCAGAGCAGCCCCAGCCGCGCCGCCUGAGCGAGAAUGGCGCGUACCGGCAGUGGCUGGAGACGUAUCGCAGCAGCAACUCGCUGACCACGCAGACGCAGUUGGACAAGGACGCCUUCGACGCGUUCGUGAAGGAGGCCAGCGGCUACCUGCAGAAGCAGGAGGACGAGGCCUUCCAGGACUGCGACAAGAUCGGCCCGAUGGACGACGAGGAGCUGUGCAGUCCCAAGGCGGAGGCCUUCGUAGAGGCGGUGAAGCUCAAGCUUUCGAGGCACAUGUUCACGCAGGCCGUGGCCAGCUUCGAGCUGCUGGACAAGGACAAGGACGGCAAGGUCCAGGUCGAGGAGAUGGAGAAAUUGUUGCAGGCGGCGGCUCUUGGCAACAGCCCCGAAUGGCUGAAGAGCCAAUUCCAGUUGUACGAUGCUGAUAGCGACAAAAUCAUCAACGAGACUGAGUCAAAGCUCAUUUUUGACUCGAUGGUUGCCACCCAGAAGACGGUCAUGACUGAGAUUUUUGCGACUCAUGUUGACAACUUGCCCAAGAGGCACGAGAAGCUGUUUGCCAAGAGCUUGUCGGAAGAAGAUUUCAAGUCGAAGAUCCCGGAGAAGGUGCGCUGCGUUUUCCACUUUGCCAACAAGCUGGACGAGCAGCGGAAGACGUACGACUGGGAGAUUCUUGAGGACUCGCAGAAAGCGGAGUUCCCGGAGCUGUACAACCUGCUCGCCGUGUACGCGAAGGGCUUCUACGACGAAAGAUUCAUCUUCUACGAGCGCAAGCAAGAGAAGCGCAGCACACGGUACAAGGGGCUGCUGCUGGCUGCGGCCAUCGGCGUCGGCGACUACGUCGCGGCCGUGAUUUAGAUACGCUGCGCCUGUGCGGGCAAAGAUUAAAGCGGAGGGAACACGCUGUUCCGGCGGCACUUCAUGUCGGCGGUAAUAACACUUUCAACAC